AUCAAAGUGGGCAGCGUCGGCCGCCAUUUUGUGGCGAGAUUCGGAGAGGGAGUUUAGGAGGCGAGAGAUCUGAACAGGAGAAGUCGUGGACGGCAGAAUUCAGCUGAACGAUGAUGCGCCGUGAUUCCUGCCCGCUUGACUGCAAGGUAUAUGUGGGUGAUCUGGGAACCAAUGGGAACAAGACCGAGUUGGAGCGCUCAUUCAGCUACUAUGGACCCCUGAGGAACGUCUGGGUUGCAAGGAAUCCUCCUGGCUUUGCAUUUAUAGAGUUUGAGGAUCCUCGUGAUGCAGCAGAUGCUGUGCGAGAAUUGGAUGGCAGAACCUUGUGUGGGGUUCGUGUCCGAGUGGAGUUGUCUUCCGGUGAAAGGAGGAAGCGUUAUCGUGGUCCACCACCACCCUGGAACAGACGUCCCCGUUACGAUGAUUACCGCUAUCGCAGCCCACCACGGCGACGUUACUCUAGGUCUCGGUCCAGGGAGAAUAGGCGUCGUGAGCGUUCAAUUUCAAGGGAAAGGCGUGAACCAUCAAGAUCUUUCUCCAGGUCACACAGUCGUUCCCGAUCUGUUGAGAGGAAGUAAAAUCUCUGGUGGAGAUGGCCUCUUCUCCAUCCUGACCCCUGGGAGAUGAAGAACAUCUACAACGCUCCUUUGAUUCUACAUCUGGUGACAAUUUAAAAGCAGCAGGGUGGGGUUGGGAGAAGAGGCUCUACGUUCUUUUAUUCUGGUUUGAAGGAUGAGCUUUAACCAGCUCACUAAUUUUUUUUGGAACUUUUUUUAAAAACAAAAAAAACUUUUGUCAUGCAAAAUAUAUAAAAUUUCAUACUAAUUAUCAAAGGGGGUCAGACCAAUAUUAGAGUAGUAACAAAACUUCUAUUUCUUGUCAAUCACGUGUAAUUUUUCUUGCUUUCAUUACCCAAGGAGGUCAACCAUUAUUCAUUAAAUCCCAAGUGAUUUUUUUUAAAGUUUGUCUUGCAACGAAAAGUUACUGUGUGUGAAAAAGGGCUGUUUUCACCAAGAUGUGCGUACUGUUAAUAAACUGUACCCCAUAGUUUGAGGUGAGCAGGGAUGGGACAGUUUGGAGGAGAGGAAUAAUGGAGUCUGGUUUUGUCAGGUUGGUCAUUGUAUUGAACUGCGUGGAUAAGGUUUUUUGUAGCAGUGAGUCAGAUCUGGUUUUGGGGAAGGGACCAUCUUGUAAACAAUGGUUUAAGCAGCUCUAGCGACAGUGGCCUUAACUCACUGAUGUACUGCUAGUUGAUUUUGAUUAACAGGCCCAUGGCUGAAACGUGAUGGGGACCACCUAUUGUUUCUUUAAUGUUAAGGUGCCCAGACUGUGUUGGUAAAUGUAUUCAUCCCUGUAACAGAGGAACCCUGUAAAUGCUGCUGAUUCAAAAUUAGAUGAAACAUCAUAUUGUAACAAAGUGUAUUACAAUAAAUGACCCAGAGUGGGGGUGCUUGUCUACUUGGCUGGCAGCCAAUGGCCCAAUGGCCCAAGGGUGGGAGCUAACAGCCAACGGCCUGGAAUGAGAGCUUGUCCACCUGGCUGGGACCCAAUGGCCCAGGGGUGGGAGCUAACAGCCAAUGGCUGGGAGUGAAAGCUUGUCCACCUGGUUCAACUUUGCAGCAAAACAUUCCUAUGAAAUAUGACAUGAUUUAGGGUGUGGAAUAGAUUGUAUGCUGUGCACCUCUGUCUUGAAGCUUUUUUUUCUUGUGUAAAAAGCAUUGAUUGUGCACAAUUCCCCGCUUUAGUUGUUGCUGAUAACUCUUGUGGUGGUGUGUACCUUGUGUUGUUGACAUAAGUGAUGACCCAUAGAGGUUUACCCCAAAGGGCUGACAACAUCUGCAUCUCUGACCUUGUCACUUUGUGUAUUGCCGCCAGUUAAGUCCAUUUUGUCUUCACGGAAGUGUUCACUGUUGCAUUUUUUUUGAAGGCACUGUACAUUGUUCUUGCAAAGCAUCCGAUCAUUGUUCAACUGCAGGUCCUGACUCAGGCCAGGUGUACCUUGCCCUGUACAGUGGAAUUUGAUUUCAGUCAUCUUUGCUUGUAGUGACUAUUCAGUUGCAAGCAAUCAGUCUACAUUUGAACUCCUGCUUGCUCUAUGUUUUCAGUCUAAUUGGUAAUAUCUUUAUGCUUGUAUGGGAAUCAAUGCUUGCAAGGGAAGAAGACCUCCGGUGCAAAAAAGUCAUAAUCCAUAGUGCACAUUUACAUUUAUUAACUAAAUAAAUGCGAUCGUGCACCAUGGGAUAUGAUUUUUAAAUAAAUAUGGGAGAUUUGGUGUUUUAAUAAGGUUAGUGUUACAUUAUUUCCUCAGGACAUCUAAACCUAUUCUCCAUUGGUAAUGGUGAGAAACAUUCUUGUUAAUAUAAUGUUCUCGGUGACAGCGCCCCCGCAAAUUAUUGUUGCUGUCUGGGAAAGAGAUUUAGGUGUAAUAGGACAUCACCUUGUUAACUAGCAUCUCUGAUGUUCUUGGGUUAAUAUUCAAAAAUGCUGAGUGAAGUGAUUCGUCAAGGUGUCUGAUGUGAAAUAAAAGUGGUGUGGAAGUCACAAUCUUGUUACUGUAGCUAAUGUGCUAGUUAGUUCUAUUGCCUGGGGCUGAUGGGUCUAAUUAACAGCUAAUUCUCCAGAUGAAUGAGAAUUCCAUUGAUUUUCCCCUUUGGUCCAGCAGAUGGUCUGUCUCAUGUGGGAAUACUGGAGCUACAUCUGACAAAGUAAUAAAAUGGCAAGAUUUUUCUCCCUACUUAUUAAUCCAAAUAAAUGUCAGUUCUUUCAUGGGAUAUAUUUCUGUUGGAGUUACUUAAGGAAUGGCAGCUACUUAAUCCCGAAACUUUGCUGACUUUGCAAGGUCACAAUCAAUCUACUAUUCCUAAGUAACCUAACUCCAGCCAAUAAGAAUUUAAGAAUAGCAGCAAGCAUUAAUAAGAGUUGUUGGCUUCACAGUGAUGGUGACUGGUCACUGAUACUGACCAGGCUCAAGACUAGAGAAUUCUAUCUUUCCUGAUACAGGGACUAAUAACUCUUAUUGGCAUUGCUAAUAUUACCAAACAGAGACGGCUAGAAAUCCACCUUGAUCCUUUGGAGCUUGUUAUUGAGCAUUCAGAACCAGCUAUACCUGUUGUUCUGUUGUUUAGUUUGGAUUUCCAGUGCCACAUUUUGCCGAUUUAGUCAUAAGAUCUGCAGCCUAUUCUAAAGGUUCUCUCACACACUGUGAAAUGCUUACAUCCCUGUGUAGUUUGCUUCACAAGAGCUACCAAAGGCCAUUCUGUAGCUCCAAAGACACUGCUGUGCAAUGGUUUAAUAUGUUCAUGUAGACAGGAUUUUGAUAAUGGAGUUUAAAAAGGAUUGUUUACUUUUGUAAUUUUUUUGGUGGGAAAAUGGCAUUUCUACAGCACUGUUGAGUUUGUCACUACAGUGGAGCAGAUUUGGUUCAAAAAUGAUUAAAUGGGAAGGAAUUCUGUUUGCAAGUCUUGCUUGCAGGCUUACUUAUCUAAGUACUUUUACAAAGAGCAGUGCUUGUCAUGCUAUUUAUUGUUGCAAAAUAUGUUAUGUUGCAAAUUCCCAGUUAAGAACUUUGAACUGUUUAAUGUAUUUCAGACCUGUAACCUACACCUUUAACCUUGUUCUGAGAAGUUUUGAAUAUAUCCAGGUGAAUGUUUGCAAAUCUUUUACUGUUGGACCAGUUGUUCAGUUAAUCUGAAUCUCUUCAUUAAGUUACUGCAUUCUAAAGCUCCUGCAAUGUUAAUGACCCCUCAUGUGUGACAUUAGUGCUAAGAAAAUGAUUUCUGAUUGUCUAACUGAGAAUAUGGCGUGGCAUCCACAGCCAAACCCUUUUGAAGUCACUGUGGACAGCUGCAGUCACACUGUCAAGAAAUGACUUUUUUAAGAAAAGACUUGAUACUAGCUGGAUUGAUGUCUUGAUUGUACUUUCUUUUGUUCUGUGUUUUUUGUCAGAUUUCAAUAUAAAAGUUAUUACAAUCACA